GGCGGGGCCACUUGCGGAAUCAGUGAGACCCCCCCCUACUCCCUCCUAACCUCACGCAUACACCGACCAUGAUCAAGAAGAUGACACCCUCCGAGAACGAGUUCAACAUCCCGGCCAAGAACUGCUACAGGAUGGUGAUCCUGGGCUCCACCAAGGUGGGCAAGACGGCCAUUAUUUCGCGGUUUUUGAACGAGCGCGUGGAGGAACAAUACACGCCCACGAUCGAGGACUUUCACAGGAAGUUGUACAGCAUCAGGGGGAAUGUUUACCAGCUGGACAUUUUGGACACGUCUGGCAACCACCCGUUCCCCGCCAUGAGGAGACUCUCCAUCCUCACAGGCGACGUCUUCGUCCUGGUGUUCAGUUUGGACAACCGGGAGUCCUUCCAGGAGGUGCAGCGCCUCAAGCGGCAGAUCUACGAAACCAAGUCGUGCCUGAGGAACAAGACCAAGGAGAACGCCGACGUGCCGCUGGUCAUCUGCGGCAACAAGUGCGACCGCGACUUCCAGCGGGCGGUGCGGGAGGAGGAGAUCGAGGAGCUGGUGCGCGGCGACGACCAGCAUUGCCGCUGCCCCUACUUCGAGGUCUCCGCCAAGAAGAACACCAACGUGGACCGCAUGUUCCAGGCGCUCUUCGCCAUGGCCAAGCUGCCCGACGAGAUGAGCCCCGACCGCCACUGCAAGGUGUCGCUGCAGUCCUGCGAGCUCCUGCACCGGAAGUCGUUCCGGGUCAAGAAAUGCAAGGACGCGUACGGCAUCGUGGCGCCCUUCGCGCGCCGGCCCAGCGUGCACAGUGACUUGAUGUACAUCAAAGAGAAGGCGGUGGGAGGGGGACAGGCCAAGGAGAAGGGCUGCGUCAUAUGCUGACCCCCCCUUUGAGGGAAAAAAAAAAGACGCCAUUGGUGAGACGAAAGCCAUGCGGUGACCAAAAGGCCAACGAUACCUCGACUGACUUUGUUUACAUUGCCACCCCGGACUUGAAUGUUUAUGAACAAAAAUCUCAACGUCUAUUUAUUAUGUCUG